AUGAUCCGCUGGGUGAACAGCUCAUUACUGGGAGUUGCCUACGAGGAUAUGGUGGUGUUUGAGUGUGUGGCGGUGGCCAACGAGGGCUGUCGCUGCCUUGAGGGCUGCUACGGCGAGGUGUUGAGGGAUUGUGUCUUUCAGCAUGGCACUGCCAGUAACUCAAACAAGAGCACACCCGCCUGCUCACCAGUCCUGCGUAAACGCUCGCGCUCUCCCACACCACAGAGCCAGGAGGGUGAGAACAUGGUGGAGAAGGGUUCAGACCACUCCUCUGACAAGUCCCCCUCCACGCCUGAGCAGGUUGUCCAGAGAACGUAUUCCCUGCAGUCAGCACGAAGCGGGGGAAAGAACUCAAAGAAGAGCCAAAGCUGGUACAACCAUGAAAGACAACACAUCCUGAGAGUGCUGAGCCCGACAUACAAGCAGCGCAAUGAGGACUUUAGGAAACUCUUCAAGCAGCUCCCUGACACAGAGAGACUCAUUGUGGACUACUCCUGUGCUCUUCAGCGGGACAUCCUCCUGCAGGGACGACUCUACCUCUCUGAGAACUGGAUCUGUUUCUAUAGCAACAUCUUCCGCUGGGAAACACUGCUGACAGUGCGACUAAAGGACAUCUGCUCGAUGACGAAAGAGAAGACCGCUCGCCUCAUUCCCAAUGCCAUCCAGGUCUGCACAGACACUGAGAAGCACUUCUUCACCUCGUUUGGAGCCCGGGACAGGACGUACAUGAUGAUGUUCAGACUGUGGCAGAAUGCGCUGCUCGAUAAGCCCUUGUGCCCCAAAGAACUGUGGCACUUUGUUCAUCAGUGCUAUGGCAACGAGCUUGGCCUAACCAGUGACGAUGAGGACUAUGUUCCCCCUGAUGAUGACUUCAACACCAUGGGGUUCAGUGAAGAGAUUCCCAAUGAAGAGAAUGAGAUCAACAAUGACAACUUGUCGAAAAGCAGCACAGAGGCCAAGCCUGAGGGGAGCCCUCCUCUACUACAUAAGAAGGUCAUCCCAAACAGCACCAUCCCCAGCCCUGGCAACCAUGACACACCCAUCACAUUUGAGCUCCCAGCAGAGGAAUAUGCAGACUGCCUACCAGACGGUGAGCUGCUGGCUGUGCCUCUGUUGGUGGAGGAGAAGAACGAGACCAGCGGGCCUGGUGGUCCUGUCCCCUCACCGUCACUGGACUUCAACGACAACGAAGACAUCCCCACUGAGCUCAGUGACUCCUCAGAAACACACGAUGAAGGUGAGGUGCAGGCCUUCCAUGAGGAUCUGAAUGGCAGGCAGUACAUCAACGAGGUCUACAAGUUCAGCGUGGACAAACUCUAUGACAUCCUCUUCACAGAGUCUCAGUUCAUGAGUGACUUUAUGGAACAGAGGCGAUUCUCAGAUGUGGUGUACCAUCCCUGGAAGAAGGAGGAGGCUGGGAACCAGACCAGAGAGAUCCUGUACACCAUCUCUCUGUCCAACCCCUUGGCCCCUAAAACAGCCACAGUCACUGAGACACAGACUCUAUACAAAGCCAGUCAGGAGAGCGAGUGCUACAUUAUCGAUGCUGAGGUCAUCACACAUGACGUUCCUUACCACGAUUACUUCUACACUCUCAACCGUUAUAUGCUCACAAGGGUCGCCAAGAACAAGUGUCGGUUACGGGUAUCAACAGAGCUGCGUUACAGGAAACAGCCGUGGGGGCUUGUGAAAGGCUUCAUAGAGAAAAACUUCUGGAGCGGACUAGAGGAGAACUUCCGCCAUCUUGAGUUGGAGUUGUCAAAGCUGGAGGAGAUACUGACAGAGUCCCACCAGCUGUCUCCAAAGGCGAAGGUGGUGAAGAACUCCUCGGUGAGGCGAAAGAAGAGGCCACUGCCCCACAUGCGCAGCCAGCAUCUGGACGAGGCCCUCAGCCCCGUUACUACACCGACCGACGAGGAGGUGAUUCAGAGGAUCAAACAAGUGGCGGGCUCCACACAGACCAGACACCAGAGUCCAGAGCACCACCACCACCUGCCCGGAGGCCUGGCUCUCUACAGCGUCUCCAAACUGCUGCUUAUCAUCAGCUUUGUCCUGGUCCUGCUGGUGUUCCUCAACAUGAUGCUUUUCUAUAAGCUGUGGAUGCUGGAGUACUCUGCGCAGUCCUUAACAACCUGGCAAGGUCUGCGGCUUCAUGAAAGCAAACUGCCUCAGACGCAGAUGGAGUGGGCCCAGCUCCUGGAGGCGCAGCAGCGUUACCAUGACGCCGAGCUGCAGAAGUGGAGGGAGAUUAUCAAGUCGUCAGUAGUGCUGCUAGACCAGAUGAAAGACUCUUUAUUGAACCUCCAGCGAGGAAUCGGUUUAAGGGACUACAGCUCAGAGACUGAGGAGAAGCGAAGUCGCUAUCACUGACACACCACCAUAAGGCCAUGAGGGCAUGCUGUGCAAUAUAGGACCUGUUUUGUUUGUGAACCACUUUGCAGGCAGCAGCAGGAAAGAGGGAGGACAGAGGAGGUGGGACCAGCGGUGAGCGGGUCCAAAGACUACAAAGAGAGGAACAGUCAUCUCCAGCGCACAGAAGUUUUAAAAAACCCCCGGAGGAGGAAAUCAUGGACAGAAAGUGCCCCUAUCGCACACAGGAACUGAGGUAUCCCCAACAUCACUGAGGCUUUGUGGGAAGGUGCGAGACUUGCCCCUUCUCUUCACCUGUGGGAUAGCUGUUUCCUUCUACUCUCUUUAUUUCCAAGUGCAUCCUACUGUAAGCCAUGUCAACCAGGAGAGUGGCAGAGAGAAAGAAGGAAAACUACUGCAUGCAUUUAGACAACCUAGCUCCCCUCAGUCAGUGUUAAUGUGGUCCAGUUCCAGUCUAUGUGUGUCAAAAAAAAAAAAGAAGAACAGAAGAAGAGGAGAUUGAGUCAAACGAAGGGGGGGGUUCCUUUCGAGUCUUAAUGGCUUUUUACACUCUCUCGACUGUUCCAACCAAUCACCCCUGAGAGGUCCUCGCUGCAGCGUCCCUUUAAUAAACCUCCAGGUGAUCAGAGAACAGUUUGGUUCCACAGAAGAAGCAUUGUAGCUGGGAGAUCAGCUUCACUGAUCAGUCCCUCUUGCCUUGUUUCAGCCUGGCCUGUAUGGUUCCCGUCAGGGCUGGUUCCCUGUCGGACCGUCACGUUGAAAUGUUUCAAAGUAGAAUUUAAAGAUUGAUAAGACCUCACCUCGUCUUUUUGACAUUAAACACAAUUUCCAUGAUCACAUGCUCCUGCCACAGUGUUCGCUACCUUACGUUGCAAUUAUUUCUCAUCCUUCUGAUGAAGCCGAAUGUAUUAGUUUGGAAAAAAGGCUGGACUUUGAUCACAACUUAUUAAUCUUCGAAGCGGGGACGCUGCAGCCAGACCCAUUGGGAGACCUGUAUUCUUACAUGUUUUAUUACUAAACUGUGAUUAUAUCUCUUUAAAGAUGUUUCAAAUUGGAAAGAAUUCUAUGAAUAUAUUUGAAAUAUAUAAAAAUAUUUCAUUAUUUAAUAUAUAUAUAUUUCAAAAUAUAUAAACAUUACCUAUAUUUAUUGUUAAUUUAUGUACAUACAGAAAUUAUCAGAGCUCUAGACCAGUUAAAGAAUUUCUAACAAAAAGUGUUUUCUUCUAAAAAUGCAUGCCAGAUAUGUCUGUGACAUGUCCAGUGUGCAAGUAUGAUUCUGCAUUUGCGCGAUUAUAUUCGCGUGUGUGCGUGCGUGUGUGUGUGUGUGUGUGUGUGUGUGUGUGUGUGUGUGUGUAUGUGUGCGUGCGAGCACACGUGUGUGCUGGAAAGUGUGACAUUUUUACCAUUCCACACAUGUAUGUUUCUUAUGGGGUUUUUUUCUUUUCUGGCUUCUGCAGCCAGACUGCCUUUUUUAAAAUGCUAAUGCGUUUGGAUGCCGCCUUGCAUUAGUCCCACCAGGGUACAGUUUACAGUCGAAGAGUUUUGUUCCAAAAUGAUGUAUCCAACAUUUGAAAAGCAAAGUUACUGCUUCUGCUUUUACUGAAUUAUUGAUUGCCUAAAUGAAUGUCACAUACUUGACACAUCCUUAGUAGAUUAAAUCCAUGGGAGGAAGUAGAUGAGAGAUCAUCAAAUUGAAUAAUGAACAGGAUGAUUUUUGCUUGUAAAUGGAUAUAUAACAUUUUGGAGAUGAACCCUUCAUCUGCCCUCUGUGAGCAAAUCUUCUGUUCAUGUCAUGACAUUAGUGGUGUGACCAGUCUUUGCUAUUAAAAAAAAAAAAAAGGAACAGUUGACAAUUUGAGAAAUGUGCUUACUUGCUAAAGGUUAGGGGAGAAGAUUGAUACCACUUUCAUGUUUAGACUAUCAAUGUGAUGCUACAGCCAACAAGCUGUCGUAUCUGGUUUUUAUGUUGAGCUCACAUCUCCUGGCCAACAGCCGGUAAGCUUAUGUUAGCAUGAGGACUAAAAACUGGGAGAGCAACCUGUUUUCAUUCUUUCUGAAUUUAGCUUUAGCUUUACACUUACCAUGCCAAUAUGAGAGCAAUCCUCUCAUCUAACUCACAGCAAAAAAGUUAAAAAGCUCAUAUCUCAAAACAUCAAUCUCUUUCUUUAGAAACAUCUACUUCAACCAAAAUUAUAAUUUCCCUUUCCCCAUUUCAAGUGUCUGUCUUGGAUGCAAUGAAAGCAUGAGAAUUAACUUUACGCAACUAAAUUGAACCAAAAGAAAGAAGUAGAAAUGUACCUUCACAAACUAUCAUGUUGUUUUAAAUGAAGUAUUUAUCAUGUAUGUCAUGUAUUAUAUAUAUACUGGAUUAGGUGCAGUAAAGAGCAUCUCUUAAGAGUUUGUCAACUGAGACCCCUUACAGCUGACAGACUUCAACAAUGGAAGCACUUCCAAAACAAGAAAAAACUUCCUUGUGUAAUAAAAAAAGAGAAAGUGAAGCACUUUAAACCCUUUUGAGGUAACGAAUGAAAGAAAGAAAAGUUGCAGCCAUUUAGUUUGGAGGUGAAUGCAAGGCUGAGGAAAUAGUUGUUUUAAUUUAUGUAUAUUUUAUAAUUUAUCAGCCACAAUGUUGAUUUUUCUCAGUUCAAUCUGGUAACUGCUCCAAAAUCGUGUUACUUUUGCCCAAAUAUAAUUGAGGUGUUUACGAAAUCUUCCAAAACACAUCCUAAACAAAGCAGCUCUGAACUAAGACUGACACGCUCUCUUGUCUGUUUUGUUGGCGAGGCAGGAACGAGUGAUUUUUAUGAGGGAAAAGGUAUCUUUACUGUGUGCCUGCAUGGCGUGUUGCUGACAUAUUGUAAACAGUAAAAAAAGCUUCCAGACUGGAUCCCUGCUGUGUGUGUGCACAUAUAUUACUUUUGAAGAAGGCACUGAGUAACGAUAACGCACGGAAACCUUAAGACAUGAAUGUGAGUGGGUAGUAGUGUUUUCUGAAGUUAGGCUUCAUAUAUAUGACGAUGCAGGAAUGUCGUGUAUAUGAAAAUGGGACUGAAAUGCUUUAACAGUUUGUUUUAAGUGGAUUUUUUUUUCUUUUUUGUCCAAAAAUGACAAAAACCUUCUCCAAGUGUUUUGAAGGAAAUGUGGUAAAUGCUUGAUCGAGGCGGUUUUACUGGCACUGAUUUUAUUCUUUUCACUGUCAAGACUGAGGAAAACAGUUUGUAUUGGCUCCAUCUGUAAAACACACUCCAUUGUCCAAAUUAGAUGCUUUAAAAAUAACUGUUGUAGCACACCUGAAUUUAUUUCCACAAAACUCCACAAUUAUGCAAAUUGGGUUUGUUGUUAGCUUCAGUUCAUGUUUCUCAUUCUGGCCAACGUGUUUAAAUUAAACGAACCUAACACCUCUUUGUUUUUUUGUUUUUUGUUUUUUUGCUUUUUGUUAGUUUGUUUCCAGUCUUUCUUUUCUAGCAUGCACUCGCACAGUUCAUCUGUGUCACAUGAAUGAUUGUAUGAUUGCUAUCGCUGCACAGCUGUGGAACCAAGGCCCCCAGAGAGUUUAGGAUGCCACCAUUUUUUUGUAACUGACAGCUGAUGGGUUGUGUGCUUUGUUGACUGUAUCCAUUGGCAUUUGCUGCGCUGUCACAGAGCAGUGCCCCCCUCCCCAUGCAACACACUACUAAGUACCAGCCUUGGUUUACGCACGAUAGGAAUCACACACGACCUCCUGAAAACAACCACUGAUCAAACUCAUAGCAAAUGCUCUUCUUCAAGUGUGUCUUGAUAAAAAUAUGUACUGCUGUAGUUCUGUUCAAAAAUAAUUCUACUGUAUGUUUUUCUUUUUUUUUUUUUUUUUUUUUAGAAAAUGUUUUGAUCUCUAGACUUUUAGUGAAAUUUAUACAUGAGAUAAAUAUACUGUAAGUAUAUGUUGUGUAUAUCUGCAGUGUGCACACACACACACACUGACAAAAGAACCCAGCCUGCGCUGCGCGUAGGUUUUGACUUGCCGAUGACUUUGCCUCAUAGAGACUGAAGAUAAAAAGUGGCUUUCUGGUUCAUGUGAAGUAGAGAUUGGAAGUAUGAAUUAAAAAAAACUGCUAAACAGAU